AUGCACAGAAUCACCUCCCUGAUGAAACUAUGUGGUGAAAAUAUCUCUGAGGAUGAUAUGCUUGAGAAAACUCUGAGUAUCUUUAGUGCCGCAAAUGUGCUCAUGCAGCAGCAAUACAUGCGUAGUGGUUUUACGAAGUACUCAGAAUUGGUAUCUUGCAUUUUGUUGGCUGAGCAAAACAACGAGCUUUUAUUGAAAAAUCACCAAUCUCGCCCAACAUGCUCAGCACCACUUCCUGAAAUAAAUGCUGCAUCUCAGGAAGUGAAUGCCACCUCAUCUCAUGGCAGUAUCCACAGACGUGGGCUAGGAGGCAAGCUUGGCCGCUGGCAAGGAAAUAGAAAAGAUCGUGGUGCCCAUUUAUAUGGCUUGGGUCCAAGAAGCAAUCCAUCCACGAGUGGCAAAAAUGCAUCUUGGAAUAAGGGGAAAAAACAGACAAGCCAAAUGUUGAAGGUGCUUAUCACAAAUGUGGCGCAAAGAGACAUUGGGCGCUUACAUGCCACUUUUGAUGACUACUGCAUGUCACUAGGCAUUGACAUUGAACAUCAUGUUCCUCAUGUUCAUACUCAAAAUGGCUUUGCAGAAGCUUUAAUUAAGCGUCUUCAAUUGAUAGCUCGCACCUUACUAAUGAAGACAAAGUUGCCAGUUUCUGCUUGGAGACAUGCCAUUUUACAUGCAACAUCAUUUGUGCGAUUGAGGCCCGUUGCCAACAAUCAAUAUUCUCCAAUACAACUCGUGUUGGGUAAUCAACCAAACAUUUCACAUUUAAGAGUUUUUGGUUGUGUGGUAUAUGUGCCCAUUGCACCACUGCAACGUACUAAGAUCGGCUUACAACGUAGAUUGAGAAUUUAUGUUGGUUUUGAUUCACCAUCUAUCAUCAGAUAUAUGAAGCUCUUGAUGGGUGAUAUCUUUAACGCACGGUUUGUGGAUUGUCAUUUUGAUGAGACAAUUUUUCCACUAUUGGGGGGAGAAAAAUCUGUUCCUAAAGAACAACAAGGCUUACUCUUUCUUGAAGAACGACGUGAAUUAUCGUGGGAUGUACCCACUUCGUCUCAUCUCGAUCCUUGUUCUGCUCAAUGCGAAAUCGAAGUGAGAAGGAUCCUUCACCUCCAAAGUAUUGCAAAUCAAAUGCUAGAUGCAUUUAAUGAUACAACAAAGGUGACGAAAUCACAUAUCCCAGCUGCAAAUGCACCUGCAAAGAUUGAUGUCCAUAAUGGACAAAACAAUGUGCCAACAAAUGAUUCAUUUGUUGCACGCCUGAAGCAUGGUAGGACCACUAGGCUAAAAGGAUUUAGUCCCUUGAAAGAGGAAGUUGAUGGCCAAAAUGAAUCCAGUUGA